AUGGGAGGAAAACGGAAAAGACAACAAAAGCUUCAGAACGUUCCACAGAUUCCUCGCAUUCGAGUCCCUCCCUCUGCUUCCGACACUUCAUUACUGAAGGACCUAACCCAAGGGCAACAGCGCUACUUUUACAGCAUCAUGAGGAUUUAUGACUCUAGGCCCCAGUGGGAGGCCCUGCAGACCCGCUAUAUUCACAGCCUUCAGCACCAGCAGCUUCUCGGCUAUAUUACUGCACAGGAGGCUUUGGCUUGUGCCGCUGUACUUAGAGAGUCAACCAAAAGAGCCUCAGCCAAGGUACCUCCUCAAAGAGCGGUCUCCCGGAAGGCUUCGGCCAUGACAAGAACCUGGCCAUCAGCACUCCCUGUGUCUGUGGUUCGAUCCAGGGUACAAAGCACAGGGCUCUGAUCCCUCAGGAACCGAGGCUUUGCACACACUCUGAAACAUGUAGUUUGCCCA